AUGAAGAACGAUACAAAAUUGGACCUUUAUGAAAUCUUGGGGGUGGAGAAAAAUGCUAGUGUGAAGGAAAUUGCCAAGGCGUACAGAAUACUCGUGCUGACAUAUCACCCGGAUAAGUUUGCCGCGAGGAAGGGAAAGCUGCCGGAGAAGGGCCAGACAGCCGCGGAAGGCAAGGAGAAUGGGAAGCUGGACGUACUUGAGAAGGAAACAGUGGACGAGGAGGCAAACGAGGAGGAAGAUGAAAAUGUGGAGGGUGUAAAGGGUGUAAAGGGGGAUGAGGAUGACCCAACACAGAAGAGCAAAAACGACGCAGACGAACCACUCACCCUGGAGAAGUGCAAGGAGAUGUUUCUUCAAAUCCAGAAGGCAUACGAAAUAUUGAGAGACCCCGAGAAGAGGAAAAAUUAUGACGAAUUCGGACUGGAGGAUGACGAUUGUAGCGAUUUUAAAAAUUAUUUAAACCCCAAAUUAUUUCAUAAAAGAAUUAAAGUAGAGGACAUACUGAACUAUGAAAAGAACUACAAGAAUAGUUCAGAUGAGAAGGAAGACUUAAUCGAAUUUUACAACAAAUUUAAUGGAGACCUGACUCACAUUUUGGAGUACAUUCCAUUCAGUGAAGAAGCAGACCUGACCAGAUAUCUAGACCUCUACAGUAGUUUCUUCAAAUCCAAGGAGAUUAAAAAAACGCCUGACUAUGACAGGUCAGUAAAAAAUAUCAACAACAUUAUUAAGAAGUAUGCCAGCUUGAAGAAAAAGGAUUCACGAAUGAGUAAAAAAAGGAAAAUGUCUGCGCCCCCCCUUGACGAUCUGGUUUUGGCGAUUCGAAAUAAUGAAGCAAAGAGGGCGUUAAAAAUUAAUAACCUCCUUUCCAACAUUGAGAAGGAAUACCAUAAAAAGAACCCCAAGAAAAGAAAGGUAAAGCCGCCCACGGAGGAAGAGUUAAACGAAAUUAGCAAGCGGCUCGAGGAGAAUAAGAAGAAAGCCGCGUCGAAGAAGUUGAAGAGUCCGUGA